AUGGCGCUCUGCUCAUCUUGCCGUCUCGCCCUCCGGCGUGCCAUCACCACACGAUCUAUAAACUCAGCGACAACUCGCACCUUGACGACAAAUUCAAGCUCGAAAUCAACUGCCGCCUCCAUCCUUGAGAAGCCCACCUGGUCAGUUCGCAGUCUUCUCCCCUCAUCACCCUCGUCGGCACCGGCAGAGACCAUCACACCCGCCCAGCUCCACCAUCUCCUCCGUCUAUCGGCCCUCCCUCUACCCCCAACACCAGCCGACGAAGCUGCCAUGAUCAACACGCUCCAGAGCCAGCUGCAAUUCGUCCGCGCCGUGCAGCGAGUCGACACCAGUGGUGUAGAGCCCCUACGUGCCAUCCGCGACGAGACAGACGCAGCCCACAGCGAAGCCACCAUAGGACUCGCCGACCUGGACGAGGCGCUGAGCAGCGAGGUCCUCGUGGGCCAUUACCAGCGCGCGAGGAGGGUCAGGGACAAGGUCGAGUCGGAAGCCGAGAGGUGGGAUGCUCUGGGUACUGCGGGCAGGACGGCAGGAAGAUAUUUUGUUGUCGAGAGUGGGAAGAAGGACGUUGAGGGCAUAGAAUGA